AUCACUCGCUGUUCAGACGGUGAAUGUUCCUCGUCCAACGUUGUGGAUGCCUUGGGAUCAUUUUCAGCCCUUUGAGCUAGUAGAGCUUCAAAACAAUGAAAGCGAUUUUUCUUCAGUGGCUGAAAAUUUCUACAAAACUUUGGACAAAGAGAAGCAAAUCAUUUGUCGAAUAUAUAGAGUGCAAAAUCGCAAACUUUGGUCUUCAUUUUGCAACCACGAGGAAAGUAUGAUGAUGUCACAAACAGAUCACUCCUCAGCGCUUGACAAACGGAACCUCUACCAUGGCACUGAUUCUGACAACGCAAUUCGGGGAAUCUGCACUAACAACUUUGACUUCCGAUUAUCUGGCAAGAACGCGACUCGACAUGGAGAUGGGGCGUACUUUGCUAGUGAUGCCAAAUACAGCCACCUUUACACUCACCCGCCGACGAGGUACAUGUUUCAAGCCGUAGUUUUGGUAGGGAGUUACACGCAAGGUAAGCCCGAAUAUCGCAGACCUCCUCCAAAGCCCGGGCGCGAGCACGAACUGUACGAUUCCUGCGUUGAUAAUAUGGAUAACCCUCGAAUUUUCGUCGCUUUUGAGAAGACGCAAUAUUAUCCAGAGUUUCUGAUUCAGUAUUGCGACAAGGGAGAUCACCCCUCCACCACAACGACGUCGAAUACUUCACAGGAUAAGGCUGACCCACUCACUUGCUGUUUACAAUAAACCUGACUUAAAGAACACUAUCAACAUUUUAAUUGUUGAAUUGUGAAACAAUGA